AAUAUAAACAAUAGUUGAAUAAGUUUCAUUUUCACUUAAAAAAUUAAUAUAUAUAUAUAUAUAUACCUAUGAAUAAAUUGUUUUGAUUUUCAGGUGAAUAGUUUUGUUACCGCUGGUUAGAAAUAACUUAGCGUUUACCCAUUGUUGAGUGGAAUUUUUGGCUUAAUAAUUAAACUGAAGAGUAGUAAUCUUCGAUUCGUGUAUAAAGAUAUUUUAAAUAAAUCUAUAGUACAUUCAAGAAACUCGUUUUUUAAGGAUUGGAUCCUUCCAUAAUUAGACAGUUUAAACGGGAAAAAAAAUUAAUUUGCAUGACAUAAUACAUUACAAAAAUUCCAAUAGGUCUGCCAUAUAAAAUGAACCAUGCAUCUGCUCCAUCAUGUGCUUCUAUGCUGGUGGAGGUGUUCCGCUGCUUCAUCUGCAUGGAGAAGCUGCGGGACGCCCACCUGUGCCCGCACUGCUCCAAGCUGUGCUGCUACGUGUGCAUCUGCCGCUGGCUGACGGAGCAGCGCUCGCAGUGCCCUCACUGCCGGGCCCCGCUGCGCCUGCACGAGCUGGUCAACUGCCGCUGGGUGGAGGAGGUCACCCAGCAGCUGGACACGCUGCAGGCUGCCGGCCUGGCCUCCCAGCGGCGCCAGGACCGCGACGUCGACAAAUGUGACUGUCACCAAGAGAAGCUGUCCGUCUACUGCUGGACAUGUGGUCUAUGCAUAUGCCACCAGUGUGCUUUGUGGGGUGGCACACAUUCCGGGCACACUUUCAAACCUCUGGAGGUGGUGUACGAGCAGCAUGUGACGCAGAUCAAAGAUGAGAUUGCACAUCUUAGGAGAAGACUGGUUGAACUGAUAAGUCUAGUUAAGGAAGUGGAACGGAACGUGGAGUCUGUGCGAGCAGCGAAAGACGAGAGAGUGCGCGAGAUCCGCAAUGCAGUGGAGCUGAUGAUAGCGCGGCUGGACUCGCAGUUGAAGGCCAAGCUGCUGACGCUGAUGGGGCAGAAGAACUCCCUGACGCAGGAGACGGAGCACCUGGAGGCCUUGCUGCAAGAGGUGGACCACCAGCUGCACACCUGCACUCGCUCCGAGCUCAUCAAGAAGAGCUCGGACCUGUCGCGCAUGAUACACCAGAUCCGCAAGAAGCCCAUGGCCAGCUUCGUCACGGCUCCCGUGCCCGCCGACUUCCAGAGUGAAAUAGUUCCGGGGUACGACAACAGCACAUUUGUGAUGCAGGACUUCACGCAGCUGCAGCUGAAAGCCGACCCUAUAUACUCUCCUCCCUUGCAUGUCAACGGCCUGUCGUGGCGACUGAAGGUGUACCCAGAUGGCAAUGGUGUCGUGCGAGGCAACUACCUGUCUGUCUUCCUUGAACUUACGGCUGGCUUCCCAGAAGCUUCUAAGUACGAGUAUCGUGUUGAAAUGGUACAUCAAGAUUCAUUAGAUGCCAGCAAGAAUAUAGUUCGAGAGUUCGCUUCAGAUUUUGAAGUUGGAGAAUGCUGGGGCUAUAACCGCUUUUUCCGGCUUGAUUUGUUGGCCAGUGAUGGGUAUCAUAGCACAGAAACCGACACGCUGAUUCUCAGGUUCCAAGUUCGCCCUCCAACAUUUUUCCAGCGUUGUCGUGAUCAGCAGUGGUACAUUGGUCAUUUAAACAUGUUGCAGAAUCAGUACCUUACUCAGCUUACUGAAAUGAAGGAGAGGCUUGCUCUUGAAAUAAAUCGCAACAGCUGCAGCAAUGGUAUGGCUGCCACAAAGACCAGUUCAUCAGAAGCACCAAAGACUGCUGCAGCUUCAGGCAGCUCUGCACAGUUGGCCAGACCGCAGUUGGAAGGAAGCGUAGCCUCCGCCCCCAGCCAGGACUCAUCCAAGACUGCCUCCACCAUGGCCACGAGCAAGUCGCGGACGGGCGUGCCCGCCUGCAGCUCGUUGCAUUCGCAGGCCAGGUCGGACAAGUUGUCGAGGAAGCCGCAGUCGCAGGGCCCAGGCGGCAGGAGGCAGCGCCUGUCCUGCUCUGUGUCAUCGCCCAACCUGCUGCUGGACCCUGCCACCGUCCGCAGCAGCAGCAGCAGCAGCAGCAACGUAUCCUCCACCACGGAGAGCGAGGAUGGUAGUGAGCUAGAUGAAUGUGGAGAGGAAUGCAUUCAUUCAAAUAGCAGGGAGAUGUCUGUUAUAGGAGACAACUUGAAUGAUGAAAAUGAUGUGGAUGAUGAAACAAUGUCUGGUGAUAAUGAUGUGGAGUAUUCACUGACACACCCUCUUCUCUUCCAAGACCCAGAAUUGAUGGGCUCAGCUUUGAAUACAUCACGCAGCAGUCAUGGAUAUCUUUCUGACAGGGUAUCAACAAGCAGCCUAUCGGAUCCCUUGGAAGAUGAGCUCGCGUUGUUGCAUCUGUUUGAAAUGCAAGAUCGCAAUAGCACAGUUCAGAGACCCUGGUCGCCUGCACUGUAUGCUGCUUCAAGGGGCAGCAGGCAGAGCAAGAGCUGGAGCAGCCGGCACGACUGCGAGAGUGUUUGGAGGAACCACGGCCGGCUGCUGGACAGCCUGCAGUUGGAUGCGGCGAGGGCCGACCCCGCCCAGUCAACCAGCGGGCCCGCCAGCCUGGUGGCUCGCACCUCCGAUUCCGGCCAGCAGCUCUACUUCCCAAAGUUGCCUGUGGAUUACAACAUGCGCAACAGCUCCAGAAACUCCCAGUUUGGACGCCAGAAUAAGAGCACCGAUCCUGUGGGUUGUCCCGAACUCUACUUGCGGCAGUCCAGGUCAGAGUGGGUGAAGACACCGGUGGGGGUUCCCAUGUGCGAGGGUCACCUCACGGUUCGCAGCAUCUUGCAGUCGCUCCGGGGAAACACCUGGUGUGACAAAGAGAGCGACAGGAAACAAGGUGCUGCCACGGAGAGCAGUGUUGGGAAAUCAAGAUCUGGAGGCAACAGUGCAGUAAUGUCUGCAGAAAAUUCUGUUCCAUCUAGUGACAUUCCAACUGCUGGGCAUAAUGAAACAUCAUUUUCUUGGGUACCUGCAUUAAUGCUGUCAGCAACCCGAGUACAGGGAAAUGUAGAUUCACCAACAAAUCCAGAAUCUGAUUCUUGCAGUGGGGUUAAAGAUGAGAAGAAACCAGCAGAAUGUGAAAGGUCGCAGGGUGAUAAUUAAAUCAGGUAACUGCAUACACCCUCAGAAACGACAAGAAUUUGAUUAUUUAUGAUUCAGGAAAAUUUGAACUUCACCAUACAUGCUUUAUCAUUAUUUCUUAUCAUGUAAUUUUCUUCUUAUGAAAUGUUCCUAUGAAAUUGAUAUUAUUUGAUAAAUUACACGGUAGCUAAAAUACUUUGAUUUGGUUUUUCAAACAUAUAAUUAUAUUAGUUUAAGGGGUUUUCUUCAUGUAUCUGCUGCUUUUGUAACCUUUUGAAAAUUUGAUGGCUUAUGAAUUUAUAAUUUGUUAUUAUGAUUAUUAAAAAUAAAUGUUUGCUGUUAA